GCCCUCAGAGGGAGGAAAAGGGAAAUGGUCUCUGACAGAGUCUACGUGGGACAGGGAGGCUGAUUGACACGUUCAGAGGUUCCCUUCCCAAGCACAGCCCAGACCGUCACCAUGCCUACCUCCUUCCCUGAAUCAAUUUCAGAAGACUUUCAGUAUGAUGAGAGUGCGGAAGCCUGUCAUAUAGGGGAUAUUGUGGCCUUUGGAGCUACCUUCCUGCCCAUAGUAUACUCCCUUGUCUUUGCCUUUGGCCUGGUGGGAAAUUUGCUGGUGGUGUUUGCACUCACCCAUAGUCAGAAGCCCAAGAGUAUCACCGACAUUUAUCUCCUGAACCUGGCCUUGUCCGAUCUGCUUUUUGUAGCCACCUUGCCUUUCUGGAUUCAUUAUCUGAUAAGGGAACAAGGCUUUAACAAUGCAACGUGCAAACUCACUACUGCCUUCUUCUUCAUUGGCUUUUUUGGAGGCAUAUUCUUCAUCACCAUCAUCAGCAUCGAUAGGUACCUGGCCAUUGUCCUGGCCGCUAACUCCAUGAACAACCGGACAGUGCAGCAUGGCGUCACCAUCAGCCUCGGAGUCUGGGCAGCAGCCAUCUUGGUGGCAGCACCCCAGUUCAUGUUCACAAAGCUUACGGAAAACCAGUGCUUCGGGGACUACCCUGAGGUCCUGCAGGACAUCUGGCCUGUGCUCCGCAACAUGGAAACAAACAUUUUUGGCUUCCUGCUCCCUCUGCUCAUUAUGAGUUACUGCUACUUCAGAAUCAUGCAGACACUGUUUUUCUGCAGGAACAACAAGAAAGCUAAAGCCAUUAAACUGGUAUUUCUGGUGGUCAUCAUGUUUUUCCUCUUCUGGACACCCUACCACAUUAUGAUUUUCUUAGAGACACUCAAUUUUUACAACUUCUUUCCCAAAUGUGACACAAAGCGGGAUCUGAAAUUGGCGCUCAAUGUGACUGAGACAAUUGCAUUUAUCCACUGUUGUCUCAAUCCCCUUAUCUAUGCAUUCGCUGGAGAGAAAUUCAGAAGAUACCUUUCCCACCUGCAUAGGAAAUGCCUGGCUGUCCUGUGUGGCAGAUCGGUGCAUGCAAGUUUCCCCUCUUCUGAAUCACAAAGGAGCAGGAGGGAAAGUGUUCUGAGCAGCAACGUGACUCACUACACCAGCGAUGGAGAUGCAUCCAUGAAUCUCUGAAGAGAUCCCCAAAACCCUGGCCCUCCA